GGAGAACUUCAGAGUGCAUCUACACUCCUACAUAUACCUCAUUUUGACCUCCGGCGCCCUUCUGAGAGACUAUAUCACGGUAGACUGACCGCUGGCGAGUGCAAGUCGUCGAGGCGCCGACCACAAGAAUGUUCAGUGGCUCGCGCAAGCCAUACUCGGCAAUCACGGUCCAGGUCGAUCGCUUGACAAGUGAGCAGUGCGAAGAGGACGAUGUCAGUGGCAUCGUGGACCUCAUCGAAGUGAUUCGUAUCCAGAGCGGCGGUCCGACAGAGGCAGCUCGAGCAUUACGAAAAAAGCUUAAAUACGGCAAUCCUCAUCGACAGGUCCGGUCAUUGGUGAUUCUCGAUGGCCUCAUUCAAAAUGCGGGCGGAAGAUUUCAAAGAACGUUCGCGGACGAGCCGUUGCUCGAGCGAUUGCGUCUCAUGGCCCGCGACGACACCGUCGAUCCACACGUGCGACAGAAGUGCAAGGUCCUCUUUGUCCAAUGGGCCAACGCGUACAAAAAUACCACAGGCCUAGAGCGGAUCGCCAAUCUAUAUAAGGAAUUCCCCAAAACACAGAGGCCCGUCGUUGCACGCCAGAAAGUACUGAAAGAUACAGAGCCUCCCGAAUCUCCCUUCGCGGAGAAGGAAACGCGGUCACGAUCAAAUUCACAACAGAAACCCGUUCAAUCGAGCUCUACUCGACCGCUAAACCUGACUUCCAGCUCCCAUAGCUUUUCUUCGAAGCUUUUCAAGGAGAAGAAGGCUGGGCCGCAGAAGGCCUUCAAUCUGAGCAGGGAGAAAGAAGGCAUGACCAACGCCCUUGCGCAGGCCUCUAUGGCUUCGACCAACCUACUGAACGCAUUGCAAUUGAUCAAUCGUGAGACUGAGCGCAUUUCGGAGAACGCGGAGGUUGUGAGGCGUCUCGAAACAUGCAAAGCCCUCAGACGCAAAAUUCUAUACUACAUACAGCAUGUGGAAUCUGACGAUUGGAUUGGCAGCUUGGUCAAUGCGAACGAUGAGCUCGUGAAGGCUCUCACCGCGUACGAAAUCAUGGAUAGGAGUAUCGAUGAUGAUAGUGAUAGCGAUGCUUGGGAGGCGGCGGGGAACUCCGCUGGCCCCAUCACCGGCCCUAUGGCUAGCACUGAGCAACAGCUGGCUGGGCUCUCCAUGUCAGAUGAAGCCGCUCCUACGAAGCCUGCUAGAUCGACGAUGAAGAUGCCCAUGCCACCACCACCGCCACCACCACCACAACCAGUCCCUGCGAAAACGACGGGUGGCUCGUAUGACGACGAAGAUCAUGAUGAGGACGACGAUCCCUUUGGGGACGCAAAUGCUGUACAGACACCAACGAUUGAGCGCUCGGGCCUGACAUGGAAGGAAGUGUGAUGGAGAUGUACAUGACAUUGAAAUCAUAUGUCUAAUUUGUGUUGGACAGCUCUUAGCAGUCGUCUGAAGUAAAUACAUUAUACAUGUAGUUUUACAAGCGCGGAUUUCAAGGCCGGCAACUGCAUGUCUGUGUGC